AAAUUUGGGUGCAAAUUGACAUGGCGCAAUUCAAUUGGCUGAUAAUUAGGGCACUAUAUAUAUAUAUGCACUUGUACAAAUAAUCUCACUCUUCCUCUCUAGCCCUCUCUUUCUAUCUACGAUUUGGUCAUGGGAUUACGGAUCUAAUACUUAUAGCGGAAAUUGUGGUAUUCUGGGAGAUUGAAGGUGAACUUGAUGCAGUGGGGUGUGGAUGAAUUUAUGAUUUUGUGGAUUUUCUAGGUCUUGGCUCCCAAAGUUGAAUUUUGGGAUUUUUUUCUGAGCUGGGCUGUUUUUAUGUUUGAGUAGGGUUUUUUUGGGUGUAACUGAAAAUCGUGAUGGACAGCAACAAAGAUGAGGCGUUGAGAUGCAUAAACAUUGCAAAAGAGGCAAUUGCAGCUGGUAAUAAGCAAAGGGCCAUGAAAUUUAUUGGAAUUGCUCGCCGUCUAAAUCAGAGUUUAUCUGUUGAUGAUCUAUUGGCUGCUUGUGAGAAUCUUGAUUCCUCGUCUUCUGCUGGCCCAUCUAGCAACGUGAAGAAGGAUUCCGCGGUGAAGAGAGAUCAGGGUGCUGGUAAUUCUGAUGGGGUUUCAAACGGGGAGAGGAAUUACACGGAUGAGCACAUGCUUCUGGUGAGACAGAUCAAGAAAAAGACAGAUUAUUACGCCAUUCUUGGGGUGGAGAAGAGCUGUUCGGUAGAGGAGAUUAGGAAGGCGUAUAGGAAGCUGUCUCUGAAAGUUCAUCCUGAUAAGAACAAAGCACCGGGUUCUGAGGAGGCUUUUAAGAAAGUUAGCAAGGCGUUCAAGUGCUUGAGUGAGGAUGAGUCGAGGAGGCAGUAUGAUCAGACGGGUUUGGUGGAUGAGUUUGAGCAUAACCAGCAGUAUCAGACUAGGGGGAGACGGAGGAGAACUGGGAAUGACUUCUUUGAUGAUGAAUUUGAUCCUGAUGAGAUAUUCCGAGCAUUUUUCGGUCAACGUGAUGUGUUCAGGAAUGCCCAUGUUUAUAGGACUAGAACGCACACUGCUGCUGCACAUCAGAGGGAAGACAUGGGUAACACGGGCCCUAGUCUUAUGCUGCUGCUUCAGUUGCUACCGUUUUUUAUAAUCAUUCUGCUUGCUUAUCUUCCAUUUUCGGAGCCUGAGUACGCGUUGCAGAAGAACUACUCUUACCAGUUUAAAAAAAUGACAGAGAAACAUGGAGUAGAGUUCUUUGUAAAGUCACCUGAAUUUGAUAGGACCUAUCCCGCUGGAACUCCUGGUCGGAAUGAAAUUGAGAAUAAUGUGAUAAAGGAUUACAAGCAUAUGCUUGGACGUUACUGUCACAUGGAAAUGCAGAGGCGUCACUGGAAUAGGCACUUCCCUACUCCUCAUUGCGAUAGGCUUCAAAGUUUUGCCGCAUGAAGAUCCUCCAAGUUGGAGAUUCACACACUAUAACAUAUGUAUUCACCAUGGGAACCCCUUGCUGGCAGUAAAACUCGACAGAGGCUUCUUCCUCUCGUUUCUAAUUCGACCUCGUAGCCACAAGACUUGAACGAUGGUCCUCGUGUCUGAGGGAGGUCUUUUUUGCAAAGGAACCAUGCGAAAGUUAUGGUUUCAUUUUAUGUACAUUAUAUUGCAGCUAUCUACAUUGCCACACACUGAAUGCUAGCAUUUCAUAUAGAUGGAAAAAUUAUCUGAUGACAACUCCGGUUUUAGCCAAAGUAAUAAUAAGGUGAGGCUUCUGAGCUUUUUGUUA